GCUACGAAGAGGCUUGUCUUUUCAGGCGCCAACGAGAACAGAAGGAGCUUCCGAGCGAUUGCCGACUCAAAUAACCCCGCCCCCACCAGGCCACAAGGGCAUCAACAACUAAACUACACUUGAGACAAAAUGUCAGACCUUUUCGUUGACCUUGUCGCUCCCAACGGCAUCCGCUACUCCCAACCCACAGGCCUCUUCAUCAACAAUGAAUUUGUCCCCUCAAGCGGCCCCAAAAUCACCUCCAUCGACCCCGCAACCGACAAACCCAUUGCAACGGUGCAUGCCGCAAGCGCCGACGACGUCGACCGUGCCGUGAAUGCUGCGAAGGCGGCUCUGGUCCAACCUUCAUGGAAAAAGCUGCCUGCGACCGAGCGCGGGGUGUUGAUGGGACGCCUCGCCGAUCUCAUGGAGAAGAACAAGGAGCUCUUCGCGACAAUUGAUGCUUGGGAUAACGGCAAGCCAUACCACGUCGCGCUCACGGAAGACCUGGUCGAAGCUAUUGGGACGAUUCGCUACUACAGUGGCUGGGCCGAUAAGACAUUCGGUCAGACUAUCAACACGACACCAGAGAAAUUCGCAUACACGAUUCGUCAGCCGAUUGGCGUGGUCGGUCAGAUCAUCCCUUGGAACUACCCAUUGUCAAUGGCAUCUUGGAAGCUAGGACCGGCUCUGGCGUGUGGAAACACAGUGGUGCUCAAGCCGGCUGAGCAGACCCCCCUGAGCAUCCUCAUCCUGGCCAAGCUGAUCAAGGAAGCUGGUUUCCCGCCUGGAGUGGUGAACAUUGUCAACGGAUAUGGCCGCGAGGCGGGUGCUGCGCUUGCAUCUCACCCCCUUGUUGACAAGAUCGCCUUCACUGGAUCUACCAUGACUGCCCGUGAAAUCAUGAAGCUCGCCGCGGGAACACUGAAGAAUAUCACUCUAGAGACUGGCGGCAAAUCACCUCUCCUGGUAUUCCCCGACGCCGACCUAGAGCAAGCCGUCAAAUGGUCGCAUUUCGGCAUCAUGUCGAACCAGGGGCAGAUUUGCACCGCCACAUCACGAAUCUAUGUUCACCAAGCCAUUUUCCAGACAUUUUUGGCCAAGUUCAAGGAGGCGGUUGAGACGACGUCCAAGAUCGGAGAUCAGUGGGAUGAGAACACCUUCCAAGGCCCGCAGGUGACGCGCACACAGUACGAGCGGAUUCUAUCGUACAUCGAAGCUGCGAAGAAGGAUGGAGCUACGGUCGUUACUGGAGGCGCAGCUCAUACACCUGCCGACGAGAAGAACAAGAACGGUUACUUUGUCCAGCCGACUGUGUUCUCGGGCGCCAGCGAUUCCCUCGCCAUUGUCCGCGAAGAGGUAUUCGGCCCGGUUGUCGUCAUCCUGCCAUUUACCGACGAAGAAGAGGCUGUCAAGCGCGCCAACGAUACAACCUAUGGUCUUGGCGCAGCAGUGUUUACCCGCGACCUGGAGCGCGCACAUCGGGUCGCGGCAGAGAUCGAGGCAGGAAUGGUCUGGGUCAACAGUAGCCAGGACUGUGAUCCGCGUGUUCCAUUUGGUGGCGUCAAGCAGAGCGGUAUCGGGCGGGAGUUGGGCGAGGCUGGCCUUGAAGCAUACUCUCAGGUCAAGUCUGUGCAUGUCAACAUGGGGAAUAAGCUAUAGAUUCCGUCUUGAGGCUGCGAAUCUAUUGAAAUAGAUGAUAAAGUCAUGAAUAUACGGUAGAUAAAUACAACUAGAGGUUCCUGGACUGU